AUGAAUAACCACUACCUUCCCUCCCUCUCCCUAUCUUUCUUUCUCUGCAAUAAAUUUUGCAAGGCUCAGGCAGACAUAAUAUUUAUCUUGGACGGGUCUGGUAGCGUCGACUCACCCGACUUUGCCAAACAACUACAAUUCAUCAAGUCUUUGGUGAGGAAAUUUGACGUUGGACCAAACGCGGUGCAGGUCGGCGUUCUGCAGUACUCAGACUACGCGGUGCAAGAGCUCAACCUUAACACUCACAGCACCGAGGCCGCCAUCCUAGCCGCCGUGGACAGGAUCAGGCAGAUGGGAGACGGUACUAACACAGCCCUAGCUCUCUCCACAGUCCGCACCAGCAGUUUCACGGCUGCCAGAGGCGAUCGGCCAAACGUCCCGAACCUCGUUAUCGUCAUGACCGACGGUAGAUCUAAUGACAUGGCGGCGACCGCCAGAGAAGCAAACAAGCUGCGUAAUAUUGCGUCUGUGUUCGCAAUUGGUGUUGGGAGUAAUGUUAAUACUGCCGAGCUGAAGGCCAUGGCUACCGACCCGGAUAGCAAAUUCGUGUUUACUGUGACAGACUUCAGUGCGCUGUCAAAUAUUGAGACACAAUUAGCCACGGAUGCUUGUGCACAGGCUACUGCUGCACCACCAGUGAACCCCAACGUUUCCGUGAAUUGUGACUCGACAAAGGGUAUGACUGUGACGGUGGACGUAAAUGACAUCCAGUCUCGUUUUGGUCCAAUGACCUUGACAUUGGAUGACAUCAAGUGUGUUCCUGACCAAUACCUUGGCGGCAACGCAAUAUUCCAUGUGACCCUUGCCACUCAAAUGUGUGGAACCCGCAGACUGGAAACCAGGGAUACAUUCAUCUACAGAAACGCCCUCGUCCUCCGUCCGUACAGUAACUCCCUCAUCAACCGCGAGCUGCACUACAGGUACACAGUGGAGUGUGUGCUGUCGAGAUAUGGUGGCGUAGGAGAGGAAUUCGUCGCUGAGGGCACAGUGUACGGCAACCGAGCGUAUGUUGCUAAUGGUAACUUCACCCUGAGGAUGGACCUGUACCAUUCCAAUUACUUCACCUCCCCCGUGACCAGCUAUCCCCACGUGGUAAGACUUAACCAGGACAUGUAUGUGGACGUGGCUUUACUGACUCCGGACAUUAAUCUUAAGGUGGUCCUACAGAACUGCGUGGCGACGCCGAAGGCUACGAAGGGCUAUCCACAAUAUGCCCUCAUUAGCAACAAAUGCCCAGACGACCCUACGGUACGCUUCUAUCCCUCUAACGACACGCAUGCGCAGUUCACCGUCAAGGCCUUCGAGUUCUUCAACGAUCCAGAGGUGUACAUCCACUGUGACGUCAUCGUGUGUAACGCCACUGACCGGGACAGUAGAUGUCUGCGCCCCAGUGAAGGGUACGCCUGUCCACAAAAUGGCGGCAGGGGGAAGAGAGCGGUACCUGGUGACGUAGAGGUGUACAGCUUGGUGCAGGGACCCGUGUUCGUCCAGAAAGAGAACCCUGUAGCAGAGUUUGCCGUAAAAGACGAGAGGAAGAAUAAGGAGGACGGCGAGGAAGGUGCCCAGGCACCGGCUGCCACUACACUUGGAGCUGGUGUCAUGGCUGUCAGCGCAUGCGUUGUUGUCAUAGCAGCAGUGAUCGUAACGCGCAAGCGCAGAUCUUCCAAAACUGAUUACAUUCCAGUCAGAACCGAUGGAAUUUGAAUUCCAUUGCAUUAGUUGUGCUACGGUGUCACCGGCUUUGUAGACGUAUAUGUAUUAUUAUUAUUAUUA